CUGUAAACAUCUUAACAUGGCAUUCAAGCUCUUCGUAUUCGCCGCUGUGGUGGCUAUUGCUAAAGCUGGUGUAGCCCCAGUCGCUACAUACGCAGCUCCAGCAUACCAGGCAUACGCUGCUCCCGCACACUACGCCGCUGCACCUGUAGUCGCCAAGGCUGUAGCACCCGUAGCAUACGCAGCACCUGCACACUACGCACCUGCUCCAGUAGCCUACGCCGCAUCUGCCCAUUAUGCACCUGCUCCAGUCGCCUACGCCGCACCUGCCCACUACGCCAAAGCCGUAGCUCCCGUAGCAUACGCCGCCCCCGUUGUAGCAAAGACCUUAGUGAAAACCGUAGAAUACGAAGCACCAGCCCAAUACAGCUACGGAUACUCCGUGCAGGAUCCUUUGACCGGAGACUCCAAGAGCCAGCACGAGACCCGCAACGGUGAUGCCGUACAAGGAUCAUACUCCUUGGUCGAUGCCGAUGGCCACCAACGUACCGUCGACUACACCGCCGAUGAUGUGCACGGUUUCCAAGCUGUUGUCCGCCGUGAACCUCUGCACGUGAAGGUUGCUGCUCCAGUUGUUGCCAAAGUUGCUGCUCCAGUUGCCUACGCUGCCCCAGUUGUAGCUAAAGCCGUAGCCCCCGUUGCUUACGCCGCACCAGCUCACUACGCCGCACAAGCUCACUACGCCGCCCCUGUCGUAGCUAAAGCUUAUGCUGCCCCAGCUUACACUACUGCUCACUACGCCGCCGCUCCAGUCGUAGCCAAAGCCGUAGCACCUGUAGCAUACGCUGCACCUGCACACUACGCCGCACCAGCUCACUAUGCCGCCCCAGCUCACUACGCUACCACCACCUUAUUCAUAUUCGCUGCCGUAGCAGCUGUAGCCAGCGCCGGAGUUCUCCCUGCACCAGUUUCUCAUGGAUACUCUGCAGGAUACGCCGCACCAGUGGCUUAUGCCGCCCCAGCGCAUUACGCAGCCCCUGCUCCAGUCGCCUACGCUGCACCCGCCCACUACGCCAAGGCCGUAGCUCCCGUAGCUCCCGUAGCAUACGCCGCCCCCGUUGUCGCAAAGACCUUAGUAAAAACCGUAGAAUACGAAGCACCAGCCCAAUACAGCUACGGAUACUCCGUGCAGGAUCCUUUGACCGGAGACUCCAAGAGCCAGCACGAGACCCGCAACGGUGAUGCCGUACAAGGAUCAUACUCCUUGGUCGAUGCCGAUGGCCACCAACGUACCGUCGACUACACCGCUGAUGACGUGCACGGUUUCCAAGCCGUUGUCCGCCGUGAACCUCUGCACGUGAAGGUCGCUGCUCCAGUCGUAGCCAAAGUAGCUGCUCCAGUUGCCUACGCUGCACCAGCCCACUACGCUGCACCAGCACACUACGCCGCACCAGUCGUUGCCAAAACCGUAGCUUACGCUGCCCCAGCUCACUACGCCGCUCCAGCUCACUACGCCGCUGCUCCAGUGCAUUACGACUCAUACCACCAUUAA